AUGAAUCCAACUGGUGAUGGAGAGCCCCAGUCCGGAACCACUGACAGUGGCAUUCAAUGGACUCGAGUUCCCCACGAAGAGUCUCUCAGUACACAAUCUCCUUCUGCCACUACUGGCACUCCAACAUCAGCCACCACAACUGGAACACCCAGUGGCGUCCCAGCACAGCCAGCCCAACGGGUCCCUGUUACCAGUUGCCACAAAACAACCACAGGGACUCCAUCUUCUGUCAAGAUCUGUUACCCUGAGGUUGUCCUGGAGGAAGAGACCUUUGAAACUUCAGAUUCCUCUGAACCGUGGAAUGGUGGCAGCCUUUUUGACAGUGAGACUGCUUCUCAGUUUUUGGGACUUCUCGGAGCAGAAAAUCCAGAGGCCUCCAACACUUAUGAGAUCCCUCUGUCAUUUGGACCAGAACAAGACAGUGCAAAGGAGGUCAGAAUUGAGUUCACCCUGUACCAGCUUGAUGAAGAUGCAUCAAGCAAGUUUUUUGCUGUCAUAAAUGAGGAAGAAGUUGACUUUGGUGAUAUGAAUCCCACAGUGGAAGGCGAACCUCUUUAUGGCACUACAAACAGUGGCAUUGAAUGGACAAGAGUGACUCCUCAGGAAGGCCUUAAUGUCAAUGAUGGGUCGCAAUUAGAUAAGAUGCACACAGUCACGAUGUCGAUUCCUUCCAGUUUGAUUGAGGAGGCAAGCCCGACUUCCUUGACAUUAGGCUUUGUGGUGGAAUUGCUCAUGCCAAGUUCACAAGAGAAUUAUGGAAUUGAUGAUCUGAAUAUCACCUCAUUCUAUACAUGUGCAAAAACAAGUGUCCCUUCUGCCUCAGUCACCAGUACACCAUCCACAAGCACCUUACCUCCCACACUCAGUACAUUAUUGCCCACCAUUCCUUCACCGAGUCCGACCAAGAAAUGUGAGGUAAUCAUUAGUGCCAUUGUUGGAAAUGAAUCCUUUGAGAUUGAGCCAGUGGGAGUCACUGCCAUUGAUGGAAUUCAAGUUGACUUUGACUUCUUCCAAACUCUCACUGAAAGUCAAGUAAGUUGGCUAGCACUGCUGUACACAAAUUCGUCUGGCGUGGAAGCAUGUGGCACAGCAGAAAAUCCCCAGUAUGGCAGCAAUGCCCUGAGCUACAGCACAGUGUGCGAUGGUGACUACGCAUCGGUUGAUGUCUACUUCCAUGGUGAUUUUGCGUCAGGAGAGGCAGCUGUUGCACCAGCUCUAUGCGAGGGCCUCACCACUAGUGACACAUUUCAAACUGUUGCAUUCACUGUGCAGAUCCCUUGUGACAAAGCCUGCAUUGAAAGUACUGCACCAAACACACCAAUUCCCAUUGAAAGUGACCCAACUCCAAGCCCAGUCACAGGGGCCCCAACACUUUUGACUUCCAAUCCUUCAUCUCCACCUUCCUGGAUCGAAACAGGUUCAGUGAAAGAAACCAAUGUUCCUUCAACCUCGCCUAGUUGGAUUGCGAGGACAACUGUAAGAGAAACAGAUGUGCCAUCAUCAGCGCCAACAGCACCCAGGACACCAUCUCCUACCCCUGGUGUGUCCAUUCAAGCAUGA